AUGCGGGUGCAUUGCUCGGGCCUCAUUGCGAGGUCCUUGAGUCGCCCAAUCCACUCCUCCUCACAAGGAUGCUGGCAGAAAUCGUCCCGCCUAUCUCUGAAUCCGCCGAGACGAUCAUUCCAAAGCGAUAGCAGCAGAGAACAGGCCCCGGACUUUGCGUUCGCUUUUGACAUCGAUGGCGUCCUCGUUCGGAGCUCCAAGCCAAUUCCCCAUGCCUCGUCGACGCUCCGAUUCCUCCAGCGCAAUCGCAUUCCUUUCAUGCUCCUGACCAACGGCGGCGGCAAGCAUGAAUCAGAACGAGUCAAAGACCUCUCCGCGACCCUUUCGGUGCCGCUCGACACGGCCAACUUUAUGCAGUCGCACACGCCCUUUGCCGAGCUGAUACAUGGAGAGGAUAGCCUGCGGCACAAAUGCAUCAUGGUAGUCGGAGGGGAGUACGGACGCUGCAGGGACGUGGCUGAGAGGUACGGCUUCACAAACGUCGUCACGCCUGGCGACAUAUACACGGCGCACCCGGAGAUCUGGCCUUUCAGCAAACCCUUUCAGCGCGACUACUAUGCCUCCUUCGCUCGUCCGCUACCGAAGCCCAUCAACCCGACGUCCCCGGAGGACAGUCUCAAAAUCGAAGCCGUGUUCGUCUACAACGACCCGCGCGACUGGGGGUUGGACAUGCAAGUCAUUCUCGACGUGAUGCUGUCGCGCGAGGGCAUCAUGGGGACCUUUUCAUCCAAGAACGGCGACCUUUCACUCCCGAACAGCGGCUUUCUCCAGGACGGACAACCCACGCUGUACUUCUCGAACCCGGACCUGCUGUGGGCGGCCGACUACCACCUGUCGCGCCUGGGUCAGGGCGGGUUCCGCGAGGCCCUCGAGGGCCUGUGGCGCGCCAUCACGUACAACAAAAACACCGACCACCACAAGGCCCCGAAAUUGUACAAGCGCAUCAUCGGCAAACCUUACAAGACCACGUACUCGUUCGCCGAGAAGCAGCUGAUGCGCUACCGCGAUUCCUUGUUUGGAAAACAUCACCCGACCAAGUUGAAGAGAGUCUACAUGGUCGGGGACAACCCCGAGAGCGACAUUCGAGGCGCAAAUACCUAUGAGUCGGCCCACGGCAUCAACUGGGUCAGCCUGUUAACCAGGACGGGCGUCUAUAAAGAUCAAGACGGCCGCCGGCCCACGUGGGAGCCCGCGGCCAUUGUGGACGAUGUUAGAGGCGCUGUUCAAUGGGCGUUGAAGGACAGUAACUGGCACCAGACCUUGGAAUAG